UCCACCUCCUUCCCCUCACUGCAACUUUGAUGGCAGACCCCUCCAUGUAUAACUUCUUCAGCCAGAGCCAACCUUCUGCGGCCAAACCCACCAAGCAUGCUACAACUACGCCCACUACCUCAUCUCCAUGACGUUUUCCUUGCCUCUACUGUCCCCGGCAGUUUGACACUUCUCAAGCUCUUGGCGGCCAUCAGAAUGCUCACAAGCGUGAGCGAGCUGCUGCUUGGGAAAACUUUCAGGCCGCCAACCAGCAGCAAUACCACCCACGUCCCCAGUGCGCCACUUAUCAACAGCAACAACCCACCUCAUCGAUAUCAUUUCCCCACUCUCCGGGCGUGUACCGUACUGCGGGUGCAGCCGUGUUUGUUGAGAAGUGGCUGGAGCCCAUCCAGCCGCAGCCGCACCAGCACCAGCUUCUUCCUUCCAGCUCGGUCCCUCAGAGCUUUCUGGGCGUUUCGACUGCCAGUGCUCUCUCCCCUACCACUGACAUGGAUGAUUCUGCCAAUAUGGACCUCACCCUUCGCCUUUGAAGGACCGAGCUGGAAGAAAGGCGCUGGUACUGGUGCUUCUGCGGUUGGAUGGGCUCCAGCCACUUCUCGAUCAUCACGGCUGCACCCGCGGUAUGCUACAUGCCCAAAAAGUAGGGAAAUGGUAUCGAUGAGGUGGGUUGUUGCUGUUGAUAAGUGGGGAACUGAGGAUGUGGGUGGUAUUGCUUCUGGUUGGCGGCCGGAAAGUUUUGCCGAGCUGCGGCCCGCUCGCGCUUGUGAGCACUCUGAUGGCAGCCGAGAGCUCGAGGAGUGUCAAACUACCGGGGACAGUAGAGGCAAGGAAAACGUUGCGGAGAUGAGGUGUUGGACGGAGCUGCUGCAUGCUUUUAGAGGAAAAAGAAGGGAAGGGAAAAUGGACGCCAUAGAUACCGUCUUCGAUCCUUUGAGGGACUUCGCCAAGGACAGCGUUCGCCUUGUCAAGAGGUGCCGCAAGUCCGACGGCAAACAAUUCACCAAGGUGGCGUUCCGUAUGACGAUCGGCUUUGUGGUGAUAGGAUGCGUAGGGUUUUUCGUUAAGCUCAUCUUCAUCCCCAUCAAUAACAUCAUCGUCGGAUCCGGUUAGACAAGGUUGCCUGUAGCAAAGAAAGAAGAGUCGGGACCAAAACGUCUUCAAACGGAGGUCCAGUAGGGAAACGGUAAGUCGGUUUUGGAGUCCAGAACCAUAGCCAUGGCCUGGUUCUGGUGUUGUUGGUACAACCGUACAAGGCUACAAGUGAAGAAGGGAGAUGCCGAUUUCGAAUUUGAAAGGCACGCUGAUCAGGUUUUGUGUUUUGCCAGGUUCUAGUCUUUCUGUUGGAGAGUGGAGCAGAGCAAAGGCACCUUAUAAAAAUUUUGGGUUUAG